AUGGGGCAGCCCCCCAACCCCCACCUGCACCUGUAUGGGGUCUGUGAUGCCCUACCAGGUACCGUCAUGCUGGUAGAGAAUGGAAAGGAGUUUGCAGAGAAGCUCAGGAUUGGGCACUCGCUCACUUCUGCUGCUCCUGGCUCCAUCUCUCCACCAGACCGUGGCAUGGGCAAGGGGGCAGGUACCCAGCACCAACCCCUCACGCUCUGCCAUCACUAUGUUCAGGUGGUCUGUGGCCAAGAAGGGCCAAGGAAAGGCGCUGAGCAGCGUGAGCCUGAGAGCCAGGAGGGAGACCAAGCACAGGAGACCGGAGAGCUGCUCCCCACCAAGCCCCUGCUCACCCCAACCUUGCUGCAGAACGUGACCCUCCUGGAGCUGGUGAGCAGCUCGCGGGAGCUGUGGGAUAUCCUGGACAACCUCUCGGAGCGGGAUCACGCUCCACAUCCCCGAGGACAGAGGGACUUGGAGUCGGCCUCGGGCAAACUUAAAAAAAUUUUUGGCUGGGGAGAUUUCUAUUCCAACAUCAAGACGGUGAAGUUGAACCUCUUGAUCACCGGCAAGGUGGUGGAUCACGGCAACGGCACCGUCAAUGUCUUCUUCCGCCACAACUCCACCGGGCAGGGGAACAUCUCGGUCAGCCUCGUCCCUCCCACCAAGGCUGUUGAGUUCGACCUGGAGCAGCAAAUCUUCAUCGAGGCCAAAGAAUCCAAAAUCUUCAACUGUCGCGUGGAGUACGAGAAAGUGGACCGUGCCAAGAAAACCACGCUGUGCACGUACGACCCAUCCAAGACCUGCUACCACGAGCACACCCAGAGCCACGUCUCCUGGGUCUGCUCCAAGCCCUUCAAAGUCAUCUGCAUCUACAUCACCUUCUACAGCAUAGACUACCGGCUGGUGCAGAAGGUGUGCCCCGACUACAACUACCACAGCGACGUGCCCUACUUCCCCUCGGGGUGAUGCGUGCUCAGGAUGUCCUGGUGAUGAGCGGGUGCUUGGGGGGGCGGGGGGAGGGAUGGGGAUGGAUUUUAAGCACGGUGGGUCCCUGGAAGUGAGGAAGGAGGAGGAUUUUCAGUUUUUCCCGAAAGCUCCAAUUGUCGAGAGGAAAGGAAAUUUGGGCUAUGGGGGUAAAGGCGUUGCUAAACUUGGCCCGGAUCCGUGGUCUUUAGAGACUGGUACGGGGUCUGAAUGUAGGAUACAGAAAAUAGGACAUAAAGCCAGAAUCAGGACUCACGUUUCUCAGUGCAAUAACGGGUUUUUGCCUGGAUUUAGGCCACAUGGUCCUAAAAGGUGGGGGACCAGAUGCAGAGGGCUGCAGGAGCAGGUGGGCACAGCACGGAGAGAGCAGCAGGGACAAGGGCACCUGGUGCACGCCAUGGCUGGGGGACAGCCAUGCACAGCCACCUCAUCUCCCCCCAGCCACGUGCUGGGAGGAACAGGGCUGUGAUUUCCCACGCUUGGGCUGAACGUUGGGGUGGGACAGGGAGGGACACCCCGGGUGCCACCCCAGCGCAGCCCACUGGUUUGGGGGACUGGGAAGGAUGGAGCCACAGAGAGAGGAAUCCUGAUCGGAUCUGUCGAAUCUUGCUGACACAAUGUGUGAUUCACGUGUUUCCCCUGACGCUGUGUGUGAUUCAUGCGUUUCCCCUUCGUCUCAUCUGUGUUUCAUGGGGCUCCCACCCGUGUCUGUGUGCGCUGGGCUCGGAGCUGCCGGUUCCUGGGUGCAGAAGUGUGUGGUUGGGUGGCGGAGUAGCAUUUAACUGAUCUGGAAGGAAAAAAACUCACAGUGCUGUCCUUGGGAGAGAGAAUAAAGUUUUUACGGUGGUAACGAGGCAGGUCAAGUGUUGUUACUGACAGCAAGUUCAGUCUGUGCCCGAGGCAGGCGGGUGCACAGGGUAUUGCUGUGCUCCCACUGGGCUGUGCCUGCCCAAAUUCAGCUCUGCUCCAUCACCUGGACUUCUCUUGUAAAGGGAGGUUAGGGGCCCUACUUUGGGCCUCAGACCCCUCCACUUUCCCACUAUCACCCCAAUGCCCAGUGGCCACUGAUUGUACAAGGAGCUUUUCUGCACCUCCCAUGGGUAUUCCCUACUUCCCCUGUGAGCAUCCAUGCUCUAGGUUCACACUUUGCUCCUACAGAGAAGACCAAGCAAAAGCAGCACCCUCCCAUCCCAGCCCUCCCUUGUGCCCCCAGACUCUGCAUCCAUAGCACCAGGCCAGCUUAAGCCAACAGAUCCCAUUCAGCCAAGAGCACCGUGGCCCAUUUAUUAGCAAGGUGUUACUUCCACAGCAGGUUUUACGCCUCAGCCUCGACAAGUCCAAUCCCUUCCUUCUCCCCAGACUGGAGCUGGGUUUGCUGGGUGCUGGCACACACCUGCCAAGUUCCAUCGCCGUGCACUUGUACAGGCAGGAGCCAGUUCCAAAAUACAUUGAGCAAAGAAAGCCUUUUAGUGCAAUAAUCAAUGAGAGGACUUUUACUCGGAGAACAGAAAGUUUCAAAUGCUUUGAGAGAGCGGUUUCAGAAAAUAACAGGAUGAGCAUUUGGGGAGGGGGAGAAAAGCCAUCUCACCAAAGCUUAUGCUGCAAGGAAGGGCCGCAGAAAGGGACAGACAAAACAAACAAAACCUCCACACACAAAAGUUGCCCAUUUGGAGAAAUUUCAGACAAUUGCCAUUUGAAGAAACAGAGCAGACAGCAGGAACAGAAAAACAGGCUACAAAGGAUGCACCAUUGUCAAAAGUGAUGUGGCAGCGCAGUUACUAGGAGACCAGGACGGGCCAUUAUUCUGGGUUGGGAGAAGAGGAUUCCUGCUAGUGGAGUCACAACCUGCUCUCAGAAAAGGAUUUUGCUGAGCUGGAGGGCAAACAAUAGAAGGGAAAAUCGUGCACCCCAAACCUGCACAGUGCACAGAGAGCACUGCUCCUUGGGGUCGCUCCCCUUGGGGAUGGCUCGUGGCUGCUGCUCGUGGGCAUGGCUCACGUUGUGAGGGUAGCAAAGAGCUCUGAGUUGACCAAGUCCAACCCCAGCCCAUCCCCACCAUGCCCACUGUCCACAUCCCCAAGUGCCACAUCUGCCCUUGGCCAUGAGCUGUGCCUGCUCCUCGAGUGGAGUCAGACCCCGUGACUGCAGGAUCACCAAGGCUAAUUUCUUUCCCCAUUAACAGCUGAACAUAAAAUGGAUAUAUAUUUUUUUUUUGGGGGGGUAGGGAGGAAGAGCUAAAAUUUGUCUAAAUGAAGUUUCUUGAGUUGCAAACUUCAUUACAAACAGAGCCUCAUGUAAUGGCUGCGGAAAGCAGACUUCAAAAACCCUCCGUGACUCCAGGGUUCAGCCAAGUGCCACAGAAGCGUUUGCAGCAGUUUUGCAAUUAGAGCCAUCUCUGUGUAUGAAAUGCAGCUCCUUAUCAUCUCUGAUAACCCAGCGGAUGGGCAAUGUCUUUGUCUCCAAAGCAGGAAGGGUCCCAAUGGGAACCACAUACCGCUGUCAUCUACAACUACACAGCCAACAUUCUCCAUCUCCAGUAAUUAGUUCUCUUUAAUUUGUUAAUAUUUCUUCCUCUUCCUUAUAAAAUCCUCCUAAUUUAAGUUUCGUGACUCUCCCAGCCAAGUUAACUUGUGCUCCAGCACAUUUCAAAACCAUCUUCCCAGAACGCACCACCCUAAUGCCAAAGUCCAUCAGCAGCCAUUAAUUGCACUCAUUAGGGCUGCCCAGUGCUGGGAUUGGAUGAGGCAGGACAGCAUCAGGAUGCGAUGCUGAGGCACCCAGUGCUCACCCAGGGACUCCCAUCACCUCCAGCUUUCAAGACUUUAGUGCUGGCUCUUCCACCACCUUCCUCAAAACACUGGUUAAUGUUUGAGUAAUUCCCCCAUUAGGUUCAUUUUCCACAAUUCCACUUACAGUCCAAGCAAUCCUCUGUUAAUUUUGCCCCGUAUCUUGAAAAAUAAUUAGGAGCAAU